AUGGUUUAUUCUAAUGUAAUAAGAGAUGAGUAUGAGUUACAGAAGCGUCAGAAAGCGGUCAAAGAGGAUGAUGACGCAAAAACGAAAUCGGGAAAGGGUGUGCAAAAACUUAAAGGAAAAAAAAAAUUUCCAAACAUUCCCAAAGCAGUAGGCGAAUUUAAUGGGAAAAAUAACGAUGAUGGUAAAGAAGAUACCAAAGGAGCUUCGAAAGUGAAUAACACAAAGGCCAAUCCAAAAGAUAAUCCAAAGGACCCACCAAAAGAAAAUCCAAAGGAGAAUCCAAAGGAUAAUGCAAAGGAUAACCCAAAGGAUAAUCCAAAGGAAAAUCCACAAGGUAAUAAAGAUGACAAUCCCAAAUCCCAAAAUGAGAAUAAGGACCCUAAUCAGGCAAAAAAGCCAAAAGGAACCCCUUUGCCACUCUUUCCCGAUGGAUCACCAAAUCCAAAUGUGCCAGCGAAUAACGAUACAGCUUUACCAAGUACCACAGUUAGCAAUAAUAAUAGUGCUGGUGGGGGUGAAAUUUUCGGACUUGUUGUGGGAGCUUUGGUUGCCGUAGGUUUGAUUGGAAUGUUUGUUAGGAGGAAAGUGACUGGGGGUCGUCCAAGGGAAGUUGACCCCGAAUUGAAGGAAGUUCAAGGUGCUGAUGGAUCAUAUGUGCAAAAGCCCCAUCGUCAUUCUUAUACUUCUUUUGAGGACCAAGAAAAACAGCGUUUUGACACUAUAAAAUCAAUGAUGGAUCGGAAUCCACCCCUUUCACCUCAACUGUCUAAACUGACCCCUGUUAAUAAUAAUUUAAAUUCACGUCGCCCAUAUGAUUCAUCAACUCCACCCAUGACGCCCAUUCUCAAUCCUGUUAAACCAACGCUCAAGUCCACCAAUUCAUAUGAUUCACAAUUGGGACCACCUUCGGUUAAUAAUUCCUCUUACUCCUUACAAAAAAAAAAUUCUAUGGAAUCAUUAAGACCUUUAAUCAAUUCCCCGGUACCAUCAUCUCCUCGAAAUCCGCAAGCAAAUUCUCCGAACUCGCAAAAUUUCCCUUUCAACUCUCAGCAAAAUGAACCAUCAUACCCACAAAGUACGUACCAAGGGCCAUCACAGAGUGAUCAAUACUAUGGAGGCCCACCUCCACUUCAGCAACUAUAUCCCAUAGGACCAACUCACUUUCAAGGAGUUCCGUCGCAAUCUUCAAAUAGUCCUCGUUCUCUUGAAGAUCCGCCGCAUUCGCCAUCAUCCUCUAAAGGCGAGCCUGUUCCCACCGAUCAUCAAGUUCUUUCAUCCUCAGUGUCUUCAUCGCAUCAGGAUCAAUCAAAUACUCAGCAAGAACCUUCGUUGGAUGCUUUACAACUGCCGGACUUGCAACCAUUUAUAGAUUUGGAAGAUAUGAUGUCAAAAUUCACAAAUGUCGAAGAUAAUCGGUUGAACAAUGUUGACCUCGAUGAAAAACGUACGAGUGAUCUACCACCUCCAACGUCAAAUUCGUAUGACAAUACCGUUGUGCCGGGGUUAUUUUCCAAAGAUUCUUCAACGCUUGUUAAUUAUAACUCAUUGACAAGUGAAUCGCGUGAUAUUCAAUCUAAUGUCACACCUGAGGAUAAGGAUCGAUCGGCUAGUCAUUCAAGUAGCGUGAAUUCGGAGCAAGGUAAUGGAAGCAAGCCUUACAUCAACACAAAUAUCGAAAAUUUGGAUGAUCAUAAAAUUACCAAGAAUAACACACCACCGACAAAUAAUGAAUCGGACUAUAAACAAAAUGUUCCUGAAACAUCAAACGUUCGUGCUCAAGAGACGCGACAGAUUGGUCCAAAACAAGACCUUCCUAUGGAAUCAGAUGAAUCUGAAAAUCAAGUUGCAAACGCUCCUAUUCUUGCCUCACCGCAAUUGAAGCAAUCAUCCACUAUAGGAUUCAUCAAACCCGUACAAUCAACUAUGAUUAUUGGACGGGUAAGUGACGAGUCACGACUGAUAAUGAAAUCUUCACCGGGGAUAACUUCAUUCAAAGUACAACCAAGGAUGCAGCCAGAAACGAUUGACACUGUUUCCUCCUUUCCCGAAAUAAGUGCUCCUAUCAUAACAGAAACAUUUAAACCAGCGACGAUUAUACCGAACCCUGUCGUAGCCCCAGUGAGUCAAAGACCAGUUCCACCAAGGUUUGACAUUGACGCAAUGAAGCGACACUUGGAAAAGGUCAAGAAUAUGAAAGCAGCCAUAGCAGGUAAAAACGCUGCCAUGAACGAAAAUCAUAACGUCGUGAACAAUGAAAGUGUAGUAGAUCAAAAUCAAAAUCAAAAGAUCAAGGACACAACUGUAGAUUCACCACAACAAAUUAAUAACGAUAAACCAAAGAGUGAAACAACAUCUAAUAAAGAGAAUCAAGGAAAGCCACUUGUACGUAAGAAAUCGGUGCGUUUCCAAGCCGAUCUUACUAAUCAAGAAGAAGCGCACAAAGUUCAAAGUAAAGUUGCGAGAAAAUCGAUUCUCAUAAAUAAAGACGAUGUUAUAAAUAUUCAAGCAGCAAAAUGGAUUGCAGACUCCGACGGAAAAGUUCCAUCAAAUUCAUUCUGGGAAGGAGACCACGCAAUUGGUAGAGCAUACUUCAAGGAUGGAUUACAUGUAGGAUACGUGAAACAAGGUCAAGGACUUAUCAUUGGAUGGGGUGGAAAAGAACAUCUUCUUACUCAUUAUGAAGUUCUCACCGGAGAUAAAUCUCACUUUCAUUGGGUUUUAUGUAAAGGAGCUUGUCGACCGCAAAACUUUAUUCCUCUAAAAGGAGGUUUUGAAUCCGAUGGUAAGGAAUUAUAUAUCGGUAGAGUCCAUUAUAACGGAAAAGAUAGAAUUGGGAAAGCCGGUCAACAUUUGAUCGAUGGGAUGAACUUUGCUGUUGAUGGUCGUGAAAUAUCUUGUCCAGAAUACUAUGUUUUUGCAUUCAGAACUUAA